CAGUGUUGAAGGAGGACAGAUUUAAGGCACACGCAUGCAGACUGUAAACAGAGCUCAUGUCUGAAUUGAAGUUAUUAAUAAAUCAGUUUUACAGCGCGUGGAGGACGAUCGGCUUUAAACGUCCAAAGCUCACGUGGACAUCUCUGUGCUCGUGUAACUGUCACGCGGGUCCAGAAGUUGGUUUGAAGCUGCGCGUGAAAAAAGGAAGCUCAAAUAAGGUAAUAAAAGGGCGCAAGAAAGAAAGAGCUUCGUGUCAACAAGUACUGGAUCAUUUUGACCAGCAGUACAGUCAGGAGCUUGGACACUUGUGGGCGUCAGCAAGAGCGGUGCUCCUGGACCCUCACUCAUGGCAGUAUGGGGUCAUGCUCAACCGCUUCAGCGCUGUGACAGACAUCACGCAGAUUCUCCGAUCACAGGGCUUUUCCACAUUGCUGCCGCAAACGGAUGCGUCCUCGUUGCUUUGUGGUGGCUCGUCAACAGUGUCAAAUUCUGAGCAGCAAGUUGAAAAAGACUCUCCUCACGACACCUCCAAGGGCCCUCCUAAUGACUCCCAUCUCCUACCUAACAUCACCUCUCAUGCAUUCAGUCAGGACCUUCAAUCAGAGACUUCAUACAGUUUGCCCCAUCCUUCGUUGCAGUGUUACAUCCACCCAUAUCCACACCGGUUUCCCUCUCAGGCUCACAGGCCUGGCCAGCUGAAGCAGUACUACCUCCUGAAUGCUGCUUCACUGCUUCCAGUGCUGGCUUUACAAGUCAGAGAUGGGGAGAAGGUUUUGGAUCUUUGCUCUGCUCCCGGGGGCAAAGCUUUAGCCAUAAUGCAGUGUGCCAACCCAGCUCUUCUCUGCUGUAAUGAACCAGACCCUCACAGACGGAACUGGCUGGCCAAAACCCUGGAGUCUUUUCUGCCUCGCUCACUAAACAGCAGAGUGAUUGUGUCUGCACAGGAUGGACGGUCUUUUGGGCAAACUGAAGUAGGGACUUAUGACAAGGUCUUGGUCGAUGCUCCAUGUUCUAAUGACAGGAGCUGGUUGUAUUCUUGCAGCAGCCAGCAGGGGGAGCACAGACUAAAGGAAAGAACCAGGCUGCCUGCGCUCCAGGCUCAACUGCUUAGGUCUGCACUGACAGCGGUGCGUCCAGGGGGCGUCGUGGUCUAUUCCACUUGCACACUGUCCAGCUCUGAGAACUACAGCGUGGUGGAGACGGUGCUGAACGACUGUCCCGACGCUGAACCCGAAGAUCUGUGGGAGGAGAUCGCUGUUCCUUUAUCGAAAUACUUUGCAUUUAGUCCUGCUCACGCUGAUCAUGGGGGAGAGACAGUUCCCAAGCCUUCCCUGCAGCCGCUGAAUGUGUCUUCUUAUCACCAGAGACACGGCAUUUUAGUGGUUCCUCAGCCCGGCAAGACCUGGGGACCCAUGUUUUUGUCUCGGAUUAGAAGGAGGAAAUAGUGUGUGUCCUCCUGUGCGGAAAAGAUAUGUAGAAACAAAUGGCUAAACCACGUUUUUUUUAAGAUGCAAAGUACCUCGUGGUACCUCAUGGAGCUGGCUUACAGCCCACUCAAACAAACUGACAAACUAAUUCACUUUAAGCACGCUGCCAAUUUCAGCUGACACGCAAGCAAAUAAAGAACAUCGCUCGCAUCAUUCAUACUAGCCAUCUGGGAUCUGAACCAAAGAUAGACCGUAGACAACCUGCAUUUAUUUCGAGCAGCAAAUAAUCGAUAUUUAUGUAAUAACAAUGAAUGAAAUGACAAAGUGAAAACAAUGUGACAUGUGAAAGGUGGUGAUGAACCUACGGAGAAUUCACCUGAAUCUGUAACUCCCCUCGGUUUUACAGAGCUUUGAAGAGUUGUUCAGCUGUCCAGCCUGCAACAUUACAGUUUUGGUUCACUCACUGGUUUCGUAGCAUCAAUUUUGACUGCAGCUGGCGCUGAAAACUCUCUAAGUGGAGCACUUAGCAACUAAAGAGCCAGAUAUUUUCCACAGGAGUUGUUACAGAGCAAAAACAGAGCUAAAAACAAGUUACGAUUGGACUAAACUCACCACAAACAGAACUCUGAAUGAAUGAUAAUGGUGCUCUGUUAUUACUGAAUGUGUGAGCAAGCAACUGUUUGUUAACAAGUUCAACUUAAACUUCAAGCGCUAAUAAGUCAGUGUUGUAUUCACGCUGCCCUCAAGUGGCCAAAAAAUCAAUUCUUCUCACUGCUGCAAUCGAUUCUUUUAAUUUAUUGUUUUAUUAUUAUUUAUUAUUGAUUUCUUUAUGUCCACGUUAUAUGAUUAAAGUUAUACCGCAAAA